CUCACUCACUAUUAUUAUAUAUAAAUUACUUCCAAUUUUCUAGAAUUAAUCUAAUAAUAUUAAUUAUGGAUGCCUCAAUCCCUCAUCAAUAUUGCUCUAGCUACAAUAAUUAUUCCCUCUCCGACGAAUUCUUCGGCAAAUUAUUAGACGAUAAUCGAGCAAAAACGAUCGACGGCAUGGUUCCAUCAAUAUUGAACUAUGAUCAUACAAAUUCACCGGUUUCUGCAGCGGCUUCGCAGUUUGGGGAAGUUCCGCAAAUGUCGGAAUUCGAUUCGGGUUUUUCUGAUAAUUUUGCAGUUUGUGAUUAUGGACAAUUAGUACAUCAAGUGUUUGAUCCAGCAGAAAAUCUGUGCAGUGGACUUGUGCCUAACUUCAAUAAUAUUCCUGCAGCUGCUGAAAAUUGGGGGAUAAUACAAGGGAAAGCAGUUACGAAAGUCGAAGCCGAGACGACGACGGAGGUGAAGGUGGGAAGGUAUUCGGUUGAAGAAAGGAAGGACAGAAUUCUCAGAUACCUAAAGAAAAGAAACCAGAGGAAUUUUAACAAGACCAUCAAGUAUGCAUGUCGGAAAACGCUAGCGGACAAGCGCGUCAGAAUUCGUGGGAGAUUCGCGAAGAACAGCGAACCAUGCAGCGAAGAAGAAACGGGGACGAACAGUACUACAAGUAGUAAUGACACAACUUAUUGUGAAGAAAACAUAGUGAAUAAUUCAUUUUAUAAUGAGGACUCCUUCCUGCAGCUGCAUAUCCAGUAG